AUCUCGCGCCAGUCCAACGUGGUUCUCCGCGCCGCUUGUCCGUCUGAAGGUAGGCUAUGCGCUCCGUGCUCUCACUCGCAAACUCGCCAACUUAUACGCGCUUUCCUUGCACUUGUCCGCUUGUUUUGUCACUUUGUUGGGGGGGACAUUUUGAAAGUUUCUCUGCUGUCCCGCAGGAGUCUCUCCGCCGGCCGGUGGUCUAUUUGAGGGGCGUGCGCGUGUAUGACAGCACGGACGCGCUUCGCCGUUACUUCUUUUUUUUUUGGCUUUUAUGGAACUUUAUGGAGCGGAAACACACCGGAUUCCACCCCGGAGAAACUUGAGGAUUUGAUUCAUCUGCCUAUUUUUGAUUUGAAUGAACUCCAAACGCGAUGUUGACAUCCGGCAACAACAGGAAGCUUGCGUAUGACAUGAAUGACAAACAGGACCGGCCUUAUGCGUGCGGGGCCCCUGGCUGCUCUCAGCGCUUCCAGUUUGAGGAGCACCUACUCAUGCACAGACACAAACAUGAGAUGACCCUCAGGUUCUCCGCCAUCAAGACGGACACUUUUACCGACCAGACGCCGACUCCCACCCGGUUUUUGCAGAACUGUGACGAAGUCGGUCUGUUCAAGGAGAUUGAGGAGGAGUUUCUGCAGGCGCAAGAAGAGGAGAGGAGCAAACAGACGGUGUCCCACAAUGGGUCUUCUUGUAUGAAUCAGCACCAGCUCAAACCGCAGCUCCAUCACCAGCCGCCACCACCGCCACAUCAUCACGCCCUGCAGCACCCACAGCCCCAUGGCCCCCUGAUGGGCCCAAGCUGCAGCCUGGCUGCCCAGCAAGCAGUGUCCUCCUUGCAGUUGGGGUCAGUCUGCACCCAGGCCCCUUCCACGCUCUCACACUCAGGGCCCGUUCCCAGCCCCCCGUCCUCCUCCUCCCUGCUCCACAUGCGCAACAGACACCGUCAGCCGCUGCCAGCCUCCCUGCCGGGCACGCUGCCCGACCCCGCCAUGCAAGGGGCAUCUGCUCAGCACAUGUCUAUGGAGAAGCAGAUGUCUUGUAUAAUGGCUACACCAGGCCCCAUAAACAAUCCGGCCUGUUCUUCGCCUCAGAGGUCCAAGCAGAUGAUGAGCCAUCAUUACCAACACCAUCACCCAGUAAUGGUCAACCCUCCGAGCGCCAUGAUGGAGAUGAUGUCACAGCGCCACCAGGCUCCUCCACUACAACACCACCAUCACCCGCAUCCUCAGCUGACAUCCCUCAGCUACCAGCAGCGAUGCCAUCCACAGCACCUCGGGAGCCCCCAAAGCCACCAAUCUCCCCCCUCUCACCACCCCCAAGGGUCACCUCCCGGCUUUCCCCCGUCUGUACCUGCUCAGGUGUCGCCCGUUCCGCAGCAGCUCCACCCCUGCCAAUCGCCGCACUCCCAGCACGCGCUGCAGUCUGGUGGGAGCUGCGGCCGCCGCAGGCGGAGCUCGGAGCAGGACCCCGACGAGCGCCGGCAGAAGUUUCUGGAGCGCAACAGAGCGGCCGCAACGCGCUGCAGACAGAAGAGGAAACUAUGGGUGUCGUCGCUGGAGAAGAAAGCCGAGGAGCUGACGCACAACAACCUCCAGCUGCAGAACGAGGUGACGUCGUUGAGGUCGGAGGUGGGUCAGCUGAAGCAGAUUCUGCUCACCCACAAGGACUGUCCUGUCACAGCCAGGCAGAGAGAAGCACAGGGGUACACUACAGGGGUGAGCCCGGGAGGAAGUCCCACCCCUGUAGAUUCGUUGCGUCACCUGCGGGCCGUCCAACACAACAGCAUCACCACGUCCUCGGCGGGAGGCAACACGCAACAGUCUGCACGCUAGAGACUUCUUAACAUUGUUUUUGUUGGUUGUAUUUUUCUACGAAAGCCUUGCCCUCUCUGACCUAUGCACACUUAUUUCAUGCUCCGCCAUCUUGCACUCAUUUUGAAACAUAGAUACUAUAAGCUGGUAUUUUAAACAAAGCGUAUGCAAGUGUGCACCUUUUGCCUUCUUUUCCAAUGCAGGGGCAGCUUAUCAAAUAGUAAUAUUUUUCUACUUCAUAUGAUAAUUGCAUCAUAAUCUAACCCCAAUAUGAUGCAGUAUCUCUUUUCAGGCACUUUUUAAAAAAAAAAAACUAAAACUCCCGGCACCUCCUGAUCUACACUGUAAAAAUGACCAGGAUUUCACAGCAUUUAACAGUAUGUUUUCGCAGUAAAAUCCUAUUGUCAAAAAUGUACCGUAACAUUACAAGAAAAACAACUGAUGAAAUGUAAAAAAUAUGACAUUUAUAUUUCACAGCAAUUAACAAUAAAAUACUGUAACCAUAGUCCUCUGCACGAAUGACUGUAAAUUCAAACGGAUGUGUCUCCUCGUGUGGUUCUGUAGACUACUCUUGUAGCGUAAGUAUGCGGUUAAAAGUAAUUAAUAGAAAAAAUAAAUUUGUGACAUAACAGCAUAGGGUUGUAAUUUUAUUGUGAUGAACUAACA